CAAAUGAACAAAUAUAUUAUUUACACAUCGCCGGAGUUCUAGACAGUUCGUCCUCGUCGCCGGAAUCCGUUCGACUUGCUCGGGGACAAGUCCAGGAUCACACUGUCGAUUACACAACUUGAGGAAGAUCCACUUUUGGAAACAUUGGAUAAAGUUAUACCGCAGGUUUGUGAAACAACGUUGUAAGCAAGCCUAAGCCCAUGCCCACCGCUUGCAAAUGUUGUCCUCUUUGGACUUUUCCUUCCGAGCUUCCCCUCAAGGUUUUAAAACCUCUCUUCUAGGGAGAGGUUUCCACACCCUUAUAAAGAAUGUUUCGUUCCUCUCUCCAACUGAUGUGGGAUCUCACACAUUUUACUACAGCCGCCUUCCCAUUUGAAAAGAAGUUCACUCCUUGUUCGUGCUGGAAUUUAGGUUCAAGAAAUACAACUGACAACAUCACUCGUUCAAGUAGGUAUAAAAAGGGCAUUGCAGCGAGUAUUGCAACGCGUCCCAUGAUUUCAAAACAGAACAUUCUGUUCGAUUUUGUAUGAAGCUGUCUGUAAACAAGAUGCUGUCAAUUCAGUUGUUUCCACUGUGGUUGGUUCUCUCUCAACCAAGAACGUUAAGUUCAACCCUCAAGUAGGGGAGGAAGAGCUCAGUAAGUCUAUGAACGAUCGAGAAGGAGAAGAGAUUAUUGAAGACGACGAAGACGACAAACUUAAGCCUGAGGGAGAAGUCGAUCUCGGUCCUCGGUUCUCUAUCAAGGAACAACUCGAGAAAGAUAAGGAUGAUGAAAGCUUGAGAAAAUGGAAGGAACAGUUGUUGGGUAGUGUUGAUCUCUCUGCCAUUGGAGAAAGCAAAGAAGCAGAAGUGAAAAUCCAGAGCCUAACAAUCCAAUGUCAAGGGCGAGCAGAUCUUGUGCUGCCAUUGCCAUUUACCAAAACUUCCAAGAGCAACAGCCUCUUCGCCAUCAAGGAAGGCUCCCGAUACCGACUCCGGUUCAGUUUUAUCGUCGUUGGGAACAUCGUCUCUGGUCUCAAGUACACGAACACUGUCUGGAAGACUGGCGUGAGAGUGGAUCAUACCAAGAAAAUGCUGGGAACAUUCAGUCCUCAAAAGGAUCCAUAUGUGUAUGAAAUGGAAGAAGAAGUCACACCGUCUGGAAUGUUUGCGAGAGGCUCUUAUUCUGCAAGAACAAAGUUUGUGGAUGAUGAUGGGAAGUGCUUCUUGGAUGUGAGCUACCACUUUGAAAUCCAAAAGAAUUGGGCAACACCCUCUUGAGAUAUUGUUGCAGAGGGAGAAGCUUUGGGUUUGGAUAAUGCUUCAAUUGAAAGGCUCAACUUAUUGUGUGGCUUUUUGCUGUAAUCCAAUAGGGAUUUGUGUAUCACUUUUGUUCAUUCAAUAUAUAUUUUAGCCGACGAACUUACCUUUCGGUAUCGGUGCAUACACAUUGGUUACUUCAAUCAAUAUCUCAACGUUAUUGGUUAA